AUGCAAGAGCUUCCGUUUCCGCGCGUCUCUUCCGACACUCGCUCGGUCUCGCCGGCGCAGCUGACCUCGGAUGCGGUCCCGACGUACAUCCUGCUGUCUCCCGCGUCAUGUUCUUCUUCCUCUUCGUCUUUCUCUCCGGCGUCUUCGCCAUUCUCUCCCUCCUUCGCCUCCGCCGCGACUCUGUCUCCUCUCUCGUCCUUCGUUCUUCCCUCCCCCUCGCUCUCCGUGGCAACCUCUGAGGGCCUCUCUCAGGCGCGGACGAACGCGCACCGGAAACUCCUUUCUUCGGUCGCUUCCUUCUCCUCGCCUCUGUCUCCGCUUCCCUCGCCUCUCUGCGCCUGCGUUCGGCGUCCGUCUGCGGCAAAAGAGAGACACACGCGCGCGGCGGACAAGAGCCUUUUCUCAGACGAGAAGACGCGCUCUUUCGAUCGGAGCAACCACAAGUUGGCUGGAACCUCUCCACCGUUCGCUUGCUGGCGAAGUCGAGAGGCGCAUUCGCGCGCGUCUUCCGAGGCUGCGCCGAUCCAAGGAGUCAGAGGAGACAGGUGGAAGGAAGGGCCAGGAGAAAGCGAGGAAAGGCCAGGAGACAGCGAGGAAAGGCGAGAGGCCAGGCGAACUCUGGGAAGCAGAGACGCAGUGUACAGACACUUCGGACAGAUGCACAGGCAGAGGCCGCGGGGGAGAGAACUCGACGCAGGCGGCCGAGAACGGGGAUGCGGAUGCGCGUUGAGCUGGACAGCCGUGGAGACUUCGAACGAGAGAAGAGAAAGGCAAAUGGUAGAGCACACCACACAAAGCUCGCCGCGCUGUUUCUUGCCCUCGAAGUUUCCCGAUCCUCGCUGUCCGCAAAUAAACGUGUACGAGGCUGAAGAGCCAUCCGGGAACAGUCGGAACAGACAAGCGGAGGCGAACUGCGUGGGGCCCUCUGAGGUGUAUGUACACCUCCGUCCGCAGACCGGAGAUGUGGGGUCGCGGAGUCAGAGGGACGGCGAGAACGCUUUUUUCUCGGCUUCUUGCGGGAGCGCGCGGGUGCCUCCUUGGCUGGUCGAACCUGUUCAAGAAAGAGAUCAAGGCGAGGAGGAGAGACACCGAGAAGACACCGCUGGAGUCCUGCAUGUCAUGCAUCGAGUGAAGCAACGUCCGUCAUGGUUGAACAAUUUGCGGUGCAGCGAGAAGUCUUUCUCCGUCAGUCACCAGACUCCGCCCACGGGCCGUCCUCCUCAUGCUUCAGGUCUUUCGCCUCCUUUCUUCCACGUACCUGCUCCUCGGACUCCUCCAGAGUCUCUGUCCCAUUUGAACGCGAGCGAACUUCCUUGUUCUUCUUCGCCAGCUGUCUCGUUCUCUGAAUGCGCCUCUCCCUUCAGUUCCACGCCGCGCUCCUGCAGAUGCUCGGACUCUUCGCUCUCCACGGUUCCCGGCGUUUUCACUCCAGACACUGCGAGUUCGUGCUCCUCGUCGUCGCGCUCUUUGCUACAGUCCUGUUCAUCUCAGGCGUCUUCUUCCUGUCUCCUCCACGCGUCCUCUGGGUCGCCUCUUCGUGAUUCUUCCUUUCGCUCUUCCGAUGCGUCUCAACAAAACAGUGGGGGCGACCGCGGCGGGUGUAGAGACACCCGAGAGGCUCAGCAGGCCCUCGACUCGGCCGGUGUCUCUCCCGCGCUCUCUGCCUCUGUUCCCUGCUCCUGCGUUUCGUCCCUUCGUCUGUCGUCACUUCCUGUCUCUCUGAAUCUUUCGAAGGCCUCUUCUUCUCACAUGCAAGCGCCGUCUCUCUCGAGCUCCUCUCUCGCGCCUUCGCCUCCUCCUGAACGACCAGCGGGGGACGGGGACUGGGGGCGCGCAGGUUGGGGGAGACCGGAGAGAGCGAAACUGCAAGCCGGCGCGAGCAGAGAAGCUGGCGGCGUCGGGCCGCAUGGCUCUUCCUUGCCUGUUGUUUCUGAGCAGGCGCGAAAGGCGGUCGAGAUCUCUUCGUCUGAGGUUCGUACUUGUCCUGCGAAGGACUGCGGCAGCUUCGAUACGAGACACGCAGAGCAAUCCGCUGUCUGUGCAGAGCCUGGAACGCGUUCGGACUGUGCGAAAGAGCAGAACGAGACUCCGGAGCUGAACGCGGUAGACCAAACAGCCCCGAGCGGUGCGCCUGCGAGAAACGCACGCGGAAGAGAAGCGAAAGAAAUCGAAGGUGAAGGACCCAGAAGACGCGAGAACGACGGCAACGACAGGCCAGCAACGGCAGACAGAGAGCAAAAGAGAGAAGAAAGAGAAGACGAAGAGGAGGGAGGAAAGAGAGAGGCGGACGCCGCGGAAGACAACAAACAGAAAGGUAAAGAGAGAGAGAACGAAGAGGAAGAGGAGGAAGAAGGAGAGAAAGACGAAGAGGAAGAAGGCGAAAAAGAAGAGAUGUGUCUGUCGGCCUUGCUCGGCCGAGGAGGUGGAGGCAAGCGCCGGUGGAAGAAGCUGGUGCGUCAGAUGAGGAGGGUGGAGGCGUCGUCUUCGGCGUCUUCUUUGUUUUCGACAGACAAUGAAUUUUCUCUCUCGCUUUCGACGUCUUCUGUGUCGUCUCUGGAGGCCUCGCCUUCGCACGCGUCCACGCUCUGCUCUCUGUCUCGCUGCGCCCGCAGCUCUGCCGCUGCGUUUUCGCCGUUUCCAGCUCUCGCGACGCAGUCUUGCGCCGCGCACAAAAGUCGACUGCUUCCGGAGCUCGUCGCCCACACCCUGGCGAUCCGCAAAGAGUUGCGCGAGGCGGCUCUGCGCGAGACAGUCAGUCUCCUGCAGGACAUAGCAACUCCUGGCGAGGCAGACGGCCCGGACUUCGAGAGAGAAGAAGACACAGAAGGCGCGAGAGCAGGCAGAGAAGAAGAAGAGGCAGGUGUGGACGGCGACCGGGGAGAGCAGAAGGCGAAGCGGACGCCGCAGACGAGCGAGGAGUUCAUAGAGUGCGAGGAGGCGACCUGGGGAGUCGAGAGGCGCUGUGAGGAAGCGUUCUGGGAGAGCCGACGAAACGAUGAGGAGAGGUCAAGGCUCGAUGGGCCAGUGAAAGCUGGAAGAACGGAACAGAGAACGUCAGAAGGUUCAGACAGGCAGGGAGCAACUGCUCAGCGAGUUCUGGAACAGAGAAGGGAGAGAGCGACGCGAGGCGGCAGAGAAGAACGAACCAAAGGGAGAAGCAGCGAAGCCUGGAUUCAGGCCUCAGUGAACUUCUGGGAAGCCGCGGAAACCGACGCCGCUCUCACUCUGCUCACGUCUCGGUGGCAAAGAUGAGGAAGAAGGAACCGAGAGAAUGGUCGAGACACACACAAAACAAGGAUAGGGUGUAUGUACACUGUUCGUUUCCUUCAUGUCGGAUUCGACGAAGGACUUCGGAGGUGCUCGUCGCAGCUGUACAGGCACCUCGCAAGUCUUGAUCUUUGUUCUCUCCUGGUCGUACUUGUGAAUCGAGAAACGAAACGACUGCAGAUAUGUACGUGUGUUUGUUCCUCCAAAGACACUGCGUACUCCCUGAGUAUUUUAUAUGAUAAGAAUGAUAGGGUUUUUUUAUUGCAUAUCUAUAAAAAUCCAUAUCUAUAUCUAUAUAUAUAUAUAUAAGUUUAUAUUCGUGGCUGCAUACAGGUUGUC